CGGCAGGCGCCCUCCUUCCCCUUCUCCGGGGCGCAGGCCCGCCGAGGGGCAGAAGCCGGGGAGGGCGGCGGUGAGGCGGCCGCCUCGGCGGGACCGCGGAGCCGGCCCCGCGACGCCUCACGGAGGAAGGAAAUUGCUUGUCUUCAGUUGCAAUAUGUUUUCUUCUCCAGAGUUGGGACCAUGGCUAUUGACUGGAUUGGUUUUGCAUAUGCUGCAUUGCUGGCUGUUGGAGGUGUUGUAGGAUACACUCGUAAAGGUAGUAAAAUCUCUUUAGCUGCUGGUCUCACCUUUGGUUCUGUGGCUGGUUAUGGAGCUUACUGUGUAACACGUGAUCCGAGAAAUGUGAAGAUAUCGUUGUGGCAGCCUCUGUGGGUUUUGCUUCUGCAAUUUAAGGCUCUCACAAAGAGGGACAUGAAAUUGCAUCAAGUCCUGUAUUUUCUGAAUGGACUUCAGCUGCCUGUGAACCAAGGAUUCAAGCUAGAAACCCAGCUUGGCUCUGAAACAACACAGCUUUGUACCCUUGGCACAGACUUCUGAGGAGACUGCUACGCUCUGAAAAAGCACUGUGAGAAAGUCUGUAUAGUACAAUCAUACAAGGUACAAAAGGUAAAGUUACAAACAGAAGUAGGAUAGUGAGAUGAGGAUCCCGGCUGGCUCAAUUCAAACAGGAAAAUGUUAACACAAAAAAAAAAAAAUCCUAAAGGGAAAAACAAAACAGAACAACAGAACAAACAGCAAGUUGGUAGGAAAUGGCAACUCAGUAACAUCCAGGCUAUGUUCCAGGGAGAAGCAAAGAACAACUUGUCCCCUCUUAACCAACUCUUGCCUAGCCAAGAAAGACUCUUCAUGUGCUCUACGGGGGUGGCAAGCAUACCAAUGCUUUACCUUGUAGCUCAUUAGAGGCUAACUCUAGUGCAUGCUAGCCAGUAAAUAAAUGAUUGCUUUAUGCUUUUAAGCUAGAUACAUCCUGUUUGCAGAGCCUCUUUGUGCACACCUAAGGAUGCCCAAAUAGUGAUUCAUUAAAAGACAGUAACAGUCUGUAAGUAUAAUGUAUUUAAGCAAUGGGUUUGAGAAAGAUCACAGAAUUAGGUCCUUAAUUAUAAAGCACAAUUAUAUUUAACUUUGAACAGCAAGAGUAUAUAGACUUGCAGGCAAUAAGUUCUGAAGGCUGGCACAGGUAUGUAAAUGGUGCAUUUAUGCAAAAUGCUAGGAGCUAUCAGCCACUAAGCUAGGUUUAAAAAGCAGGAUCUGCUCUUUGAGGAGUCCUUUUAAAGAAGACAGCAAAGAUACUCAGUACUGAAACCAGCCGAAUAUUAUUU